UUGGUUUACACGCUUUGCCUUCAAUGCCCAACAGCUCGUAGGAGUCUUUGUCCAGCGACAGACACAGAUGUCCUGCACGCAAACACACACACACACACACACACACACACACACACACACACACACACACAUGAGAAUGGAUGAAGCAAGUGUGCACACUGAGCCACAAUAGAAGGCAAACAGUGAUGUCACCAUAGUGCACUGAAAGGUCAAAAUGGACGAAAAGGGCCAAAAGUAUUUGGACAUUGUAGAAUGUUUCACAGACGCGCACGAGUCAGAAAGACGAUAGAGGUGAUGAUGAUGAUGACAGAAAGGGAGGAGCUUGUGCCACCACACUUAACUUUGAUUGGUUCACUGUUGCAUGAGUGAGACGCUGCGUUCUGAUUGGCCACGUGGGAAAUACAAUAAGCAACCGACGAUUUGAGAAGUUGAGAACUUUUUCCUCUUCAUCUCGUCAUGGCCGCUGACUGGACCGACUCUUUGAACUUUGGCCUCACACUGGCCAAGCAGGCCAGUCAGGUGGUGAUGGAGGCGUACGAGCGGCGGGGUGAAGAGUUCACGUGUAAAAGUUCCGCUGCCGACUUGGUGACGCAAAGUGACGUGAAGGUGGAAAAUUUCCUCAAGUCGGCCAUCGCCAGCAAAUAUCCACAACACAGGUUCCUGGGAGAGGAGUCGGUGGGGGCGGGCGAACGUUUAGAGUUGACGGAUCUUCCCACGUGGAUCAUUGACCCCAUCGACGGAACCGUCAAUUUCGUCCACAGGUUUCCGUUCGUGGCCGUUUCCAUCGCCUUCUGCGUCAACAGGCAGACAGAAUUCGGAAUCGUGCUGAGCUGCGUGGACCAAAAGGUUUACUACGCUCGCCGAGGGGGAGGAGCCUAUUGCAACGGACAGCAGCUGCGGGUCUCCGAACAGCAAGACGUGAGCAAAUGCCUGGUGGUGACCGAAAUCGGGGCGGAGCGUGAUGACCUCGCUCUGUCCACCAUGACCUCCAACAUCCUCACGUUACUCAAGCUGCCCGUGCAUGGGGUGCGCGCGUUGGGCACUGCAGCCGUGGACAUGUGCCAGGUUGCCACAGGCGCUGCUGACGUCUACUAUCACGUGGGGAUGCACUGUUGGGACAUCGCCGCCUCUGCCAUCAUUGUCCAGGAAGCAGGAGGUGUCGUCAUGGAUACCGAGGGUGGGUGUCAGAUCGCCAUUCUUGAGUAUCCGCCUCGCCUUCAUGUGAGCGUGUCCUCCUCUGCAGGCUCCCGCUUCGACAUGAUGUCACGGCGAGUCAUCGCAGCCAGUUCGUCCGCCGUGGCAAAUCGGAUCGCUCGAGCGAUUCGAGCCUUUCCCUGUAGCCGUGACGACGCCGAGCCAAGCCAAUGACGCGCGGUCAUCUGUUAUGUUCGUCACAACGGCUACCGGUUGAACAAUUGGAACUGCUUAGAGGAAGAGAGCUUGAGAAAAAAAAAAGGAGCAUUUUCAGUUGCACUUUCCAGUUCAAAUAAUCAAUCAAAAUCACAGCAGAUAAUAUAUAUCAUGCUCUGAAAAUAAAAACGUUACGCCCACCAACAAUUCAGUAAUAUUCGAUUCCAUCCUGACGACAUUGCUGUAUUGACUUUAAUCUUGUAUUCAUAUCUGUUUUAGUUCAAAAAGUUCCCAAUCAAAAUGUGCACUUUAUUUCCUGCAUCUGAACAUAACUCUUAACUACUGACACGUGACCCCUAUUUUCCGCAGGGUGUCUGUCCUUUCGUCGAAAUAAUUUGAUGGAAAAAUGCAAGGAGUCACAAUGCCACCAAAUAAAACUUUCCAAGAA